UUGACAGCUCUUCGGAUAACAUCGCGAGUUUUUCUUUAGCGUGAACUUAACUGUAAUAUGCAAUAAAUAAGAAUUUUAUUGAAUAUUCAUAAUAUGUAGUGACAUUCGGUUUAUGUGAAUGUUUCGAACACCUGUUCAUUUAUAGAGUACAUAAAAUUUUAUGUAUUUGAUUCAAAAUGGUAAAGCGACUUACCGAAGAAAUGGUUAUUGCUAGAACGAAGAUAUCAGAUCUUGGAAAAAUUAAGAGAUUAAAUUGUUGGGGUAGUGAAUUAUCUGAUGUCAGUCUAUUGAGAAAAAUGCCAGCUGUAGAAGUCUUAUCUCUGAGUAUCAACAAGAUCAAUAGUUUAGCCGAUUUUCAGUUGUGCAAAAGAUUAGAAGAGUUGUACAUAAGACAAAAUGAGAUAGAGGACAUUAAUCAGGUGAUCUACUUACAAAAUCUACCGAAUCUGAAGAAUCUUUGGCUUGGGGAGAAUCCGUGUGCAAAAGUGGAAGGUUAUAGGCUGGCAGUGCUGAAAGCGCUACCCCAGAUUCAAAAAUUGGAUAACGUACCUGUUUCACCCGAGGAAUUGAAAGAGGCCCAAAAGAGGGGAAAAAAUCUGGUACAUCCCGAAGAUAGGGCAGAAAGCGAGGAAGACGACUACAUAGUACAACAACAGAAUUAUUCGAACAAUAGGUACGCAGAGUAUCCAGAGCCAGAAUAUAGCCCUACCCAACGAAUAUCGCCGAGACAAGAGAUUGACUAUGAAGUUUAUGAAAGUGGAGAAUGCUAUACAAGGGACGAAAACUCUGGAGGAAGUCGAGAAUUCUCACCACCUAGACAAAUGAGUCCUCCAAGGCAGCAUAUACGAACCUACUCCCCAGAAGCACCUCCGUCAAGAACCAAGAAUAGUUAUGAAAGAGAAUCCCCCAAACAGCAAUAUUACAAUAAAUCUCCCCCUGCUAGUAACUCAUUUGAGGAAACUUCUUCGCCUACAGAUAAUUGCCAUAGGGAACCGAGGUUACUAACAAGUCAGUCUGCAAAUUGUAUAAAGGAGUAUAGCAAUGGAGAUAGAUACGGCAACGCAAACACUUAUAGACAAGCUGACUCGAAUUCCGAAGGUAAUGAAAGGCGGGAAAGGUACGUGUGCUCAGCUUCCACGCAUAGACCCCCUUUCAAUAGACGCCCCGUCACAAGGAAUUCGAAUAUUUUGUCUGCUGUUUUAUGCCUGGUGAAAGAACUGGAUUAUCCUAGCCUUGAAGUGGUAGAAAUGGCGGUCAGAUGCCGAAUGGACGAAUUAGAUGAAUGACAAAAGGCUGCUGCUUCGCACAGCGAUGAUUCCAUCCAGAACACUGAAUAGCUUUAACCAAUUAACUUAUUUUUUUUUUCAUUUUACAUUGUAAUAAUUUCGUUAGAUACAUUCGAAUAAGUAUGUAGGUACUCACAAUAAUAAUCUUCAAAUUCUGAAAA